AUGAUAUUCAUCAAAAGAUUUCGGUUAAGCAAGGAGGCAUUCCAGUAUGUUUUAUCGAAAAUGAAAAUAAACUGCCAUGACACAAAAGCCGUUCUUGCUGUUUUGCAAUUGGCUGCAAGUCUCUCGCUCCUUGCAAGUGGUGGCUAUCAGCACACAGUUGGUAGUGAUUACCUGAUAGGUAUGUGCCAGAGCACGGUAUCAAAAUUUACGUCCAACGUCUUAAAAGAAAUGGAAAGCAAAUUAUGUCCGGAAUUUAUAAAGUUCCAGCCGAACGAAUCUUCGAGAUCUAAGGAGUGGUUUUCGGAAAAAUAUAAAAUACCUGGAGUGGUUGGAUGCGUAGACGGAACACACAUUGGAUUACAAAAGCCAAUUAGAGACGAGCACAUGUACUUCAACAGGAAAGGUUACCAUAGUCUUAACGUUAUGCUAUUUGCCAGAUUUGUGACCACACUUGCAAGAUUCUUGCAAUAA